AUGACUCUAUUUUUUGAGAUUCUAGAAUGUUUACUCCCAUACAUUGUUAAUACGAAUGAUCUAUUAAGUCUAUCACUGACAAACAAAAAUAUACACCAGUAUAUCGAAAUAAACUGUCAAGAUAAGGUAUACCAAACGUCUUUUAAAGAUAAUGAUAUGGAGUUAGAUAUAUUGAGAACUGAGAGAUUUCCUGAAUUACAAAACGAUUGGAAAAAACUAUACAAGAAACGUAAAGAGGGACAAUUAUUUACAUGGGGUCAAAUAACAUCUGGAAGAUUAGGUUACACAAGAAGGCAUUUAAACCCUGCUAAUGAUAAUACCAAUAUUAUGAUUAGGAACUUUAUUUUAGGCUCAAACAAACCGCACCCCGUUCCGUUUGGUGCAGGCACUACCAAUAAACCAAUAAUAACAGAUAUUUCCGCAGGCGGAUUUUCGUUCCAAUUCAUCACAUCAGACGGUAAUUUGUAUACUACGGGGGAAACUUAUCAUGGGGGAAACAAGUCUUGUGGUCCGCAAUUGGGGACCUCACUGGAUUAUGGGUCGGUGGAAUCGUUAGUUAGUUUGUCAAAUAUUAACAUUUGGUCUCUCUACAAUCUAUAUAAUACCGGUAGUAGAACUAACAUAUCUCCUCCCAACAACCUUUAUAAUAAUGAUAUCACAAAUAUUAACUCCGUGUUGAAUGAGACACUAGAUGGAAAUAAAUUUGUAAAAAGAAUGGUUACCAGAGAGGCAUUGCCUGAGAUUUAUGACAACCAGAAUACCACACUAGAACCUAGGUUUAUAAAGUUUGUUAAAGUUAGUAGUGGACGUGCACAUUUUCUUGCCCUUGGGGAGGAUGCUGAAUUAUACUCAUGGGAUGAUCCUGAUGUUGUCCAAGGUAUUAGAAUGAAAUUCCCACAUAACAAUUUUAAGAACCCAAUAUUAUCGUUUGAAUGUGGUUGGAAUUUUAAUUGUUGUUAUAAGUUUGGGAUAGGACUCUGUAUUUGGAAGCACAGAAGAUCUGUGACACCUUAUGAUAAAUUUUUUGCCUAUUGCGAUUAUAAGAUUAUCCCAGACACAGUUGAUAAUAUACAAAACUACACAUGUCUACAAGAUGGAAUUGUGUGCUUUGUUAAAGGCAAUGAAUUAUAUAUGUAUAAUGACAACGAAGAACACGUUUUUAAAUUGAAAACCAGCAUUUUAGGGUAUAAACAAAUAAAUAAAGUUAAAAGCGGUAGAAUGAAUAUAGCCAUUUUCACCAACAAUGACGAGGAACUUUAUAUAGGAAAGAUUAAUACAUCUAGAAAUGAGUUACAAGAUUUGAAACCCGUUUCAAUACCAAAUGCUCAUAACAGCGAUGAAAAAUUUGUAGAAGUAUCUUUUGGCGACUAUCACAUUUUAGGUUUAAGUAACAAAGGAAAGAUAUACUCGUGGGGGUUAGAGAGUCAGUUUUGUGGAUGCUUGGGCUUGGGAAUGCUCGAUUUUGACGUGCCCUCGGCGAUAGUUACCUUGGGUUCAAGAGAUAUAAGAGUACCAGAGCCUACUCAAGUGAGCAUCACAGAUAAUAUGGAUUAUACAUGUAUUAAGAUAGCUGCUGGUGGGUGGCAAUCUUCUGCUAUAAUAAUAUAG